AUUCCACUCCACAAAUGUAUUUCUUCUAGUUCCAGUAACAUAAUGUACUCCUCCUUCAGAAAAGUAUUUCCUGUUCGAGUUCUUCAUUCAAAAAGUUUGAAGAAGUUGGAAGUUCUGAUGACACUUUUUUUGGACGUAACGAGAAGAAUGAUGGGAAGAAAGAGUGAGGCUUUAUGUGUCGUAGGUGGGCCCAGACCUAACCCAGACUGUCCCAAGAGCGCUCGGAUGGCUUCCUAUAUGCAGGCAGCCUGUUCACUUGCCGUAAAGCAAAAUGGUGCAAAUUGCGACCACCUAUGCAUCGUUGUCCCUGUUUCUCCAUUUCCAGCCUGUACCUGCGUCUCUCUUCCUGUCAGCAAGCUUCUUCUAGCCUGUCGUUCGAGAAGACGACUCUGUUCUCUAUUGGUCAGACUUACUGAAAAGGCGACUACUUUGGAUUAUAACAUCAAUUUAAGUGGAUCUUUAGGAUUAAGAUGGUUUUAAAUUUAGGAUAUUUAUUUGUUAAGAGAUUGGUGAAAAUGAAGAAAUGUGCAAUCUGGGUAGGAUUUUCGUCUUUGAAAGAAUGUUCGAAGAUUCUUUUAAUUCGUUAAUGAAGAUGGAUGCUAAUUAUUUCAAGUUGUACUAUUACAAUUUCACAUCUUGCAAUGCAUAUACAAAGAAGAAUGAAAAGACGAGGAUCGACGUUUGUGUCUAAGACUAAUUUUAAAAUAUCCAAGUAAUCUAGCGAUAAAGACAAAUAAUAGGUAAAUUUAUUUAGAAAGAAACUUCGUUCUUUCUACGUUCUUUUUGUCUUAUUAAUGAUAUAUAACAUCCGUGACGCGGAAUUGCAGAAACACGAUCCCGUUUUUCAAUGUUUUUUUCAGACAAAUGCCGCUGUGAGCGCUCCCCGAAGUGCGACGACCUUCGCGCUGCGAAGAACUAGGAUAAACCAGUGGUCUACGUAUCUCUUUGGACGUAGAGUAAGCUAAUCCGGUUGCGGAUCAUGUUUGCAGCCCCUUUAAAUGAUACUGAUACGCCUUAGUCGCGAAAGUCGCAUGUUCCGAGAUCCAGACAGUUUCUUCAUCUGUUCAUUUAGGAAUUCUGAUCGAACGAGUUUAACAAUUUAUCUAAUUGUGCUUAAACAAGUUCAUUUAAGUAGAUGAAAAGAUUAAGAAUUCUUAUCUUUUAUAAUAUAAAAGAAUAUUAUCUUUUUCAAUGGUAAGCUUUUAAUUAUUAUUAUUAUUAUUAUUAUUAUAAUUAUUAUUAUUUGUUUAUGCCAUGACAUGUGUGCAGGAUAAUUAAAGAUUUUGGAUGAGAUGCGAUGAUUAUUCGACUAUACUAUUUUUGGAAAUUUUGAGAAUUUUAUCCUCGAUUUUAUCUCUGAGGAUAAAAUGUAACUGAAAAUAGGCCAUUAAUCCUAGGGCAGAUGCUCGUCGAAGUUAUUUCCCCAUGUGCGCAGGUGUUUCUACGAUUGUCCCUAGUAGUUCUACCCUCCUAUUAGACAUGAAACACACAUUCCCCAGCAUCAACUUUGUGAUUCCAUUCUUAUUAAAUGCUAUAAUUUCUCUCGGAUACUAUUUGGAAAAGGGAAAUUACGAAGUUAAAAUUGAAUUAUUAAUAUUCUAAAAUAUUUUCUUCGUCUAUUUUGAUGAAAUUGAAAACUUUUAAUAAUAUUUAGAUUGAAUUCUUAAUAGAGAAUCGUCAAAGAUUCGGAAGAAAAAAAUAAUUUUUUUUUUAUGCCAGAAAAUGUUUAAAAAUAUAAAUAACAAAUUUUCGAUGAUAAAAAUUAAAGGAAAAAAAAGAAUUUAUUGUUUAAAAGAUUAUUUUUAUAUUUUAACAAAUAAGAUAUAUGGUUUUUUAAAAAAAAGACACUCUAUAUUUUAAAGUAGAAAAGCGAAUCGAAUUCGUAACGCGCGCCGCUGUGUGCGCAAGGAUUCUUCGACGGAUGGAUCAACAGUCACCCCAUACAGAUGGUCUCCCUCGUAGAAAGAGGCUCUACCAUUGCGCUCUAGCCGAGAUAGG